AUGGACCAUAUCCUGAAGAUGCGGCAUGCCGUAUACCCGCCUGUCGAAGUACCCUACCUCUGUGAUGACAUGCCUUAUUCUGAGCCCUUCGAGACUUAUCCAGAGAGACUAGGCUUUACAAUCACCGACAUUGUCAAUCCACGGCACUGCAAUAAGACUGCAACUGAAAUCGACAAAGUCCUGCAGGCCUGGCUCUGCUUCGGCCUCCUCGAAACCAUCUUCGGCCCUCUCUUCCAACGUGGCCGCUUUAUCCGGCAGAAUCCAACUGGGCCGUCCAUUAUAUCCACAGAGAGACUACGGCGGAUCACGGUCGACUUCUUCGCAACUAGAUCGGACCCGUGGGAACCGGAAUGGAACAAAGAGUGGCGAAGCAUUUGCAGGCUGCUCACCCAGGUGAAAAUGGUGAUUGUGGAACGCGAGAAGAAUUGCAAAGCUUUAGGGAUUCCUCAAAGUUCCACAGAGCUCCUCAUUGUUGUCCUUUUCCAGUUUCUGGCCAAAAGGCUGGACCGGAAUGAAGCUCGUAACUCCAACAGUCUUCGGACCGGCCUUCUGGAAACCUGUAUGGUCGGACGCGGCUGGUGCCUAAAGCAAGUGGCGUACCUGACAGAGUCGUUGCCUGUGGAUUGCCUUUACAUGAUUUCCCGUGUCAGACGUCCAGAUUCCCAGUUCCAACAUUCGAAAGCCUGUGAAGUGGAUUGUGUGGUCAACAAAGUGGACCGGGAGGCAUACAGAACUACACAUGUGUGUCAGGACAGCUCCUGUGUCAAUGUCACAGCGCAACAGGCCGAAAUCCUCGCCAUCCUCCAAGCCGGUCAUUUGCCCCUUGUUUCGAACAGCGACUACACCGAGCGCAGUACAAUCGAGUUGCUUGAUAGUCAACGCGCGGUAGCUUAUGUUGCAAUCUCGCACGUGUGGUCUCAUGGACUAGGCAACCCAAAAGAAAACUCGCUUCCGCGAUGUCAACUAGCCCGGCUCGGGAGCAUGGUUGCAAACCUCUAUCCGGAUGGGUGGGGGACCGUGCCAUACUGGAUUGACACCGUCUGCGUGCCCACCCACCCACCAGAGGCUCGGGCUCUAGCGAUCAUGAAUCUCAGGAGAACCUAUCGACAAGCCGACAUAGUCUUGGUUGUUGACGCAUACUUGGAGCAGAUUGAUUCUUCUCACCUUCUCGUGCCAGAGAUUGCCCUGUACAUCACUUGUUCGACGUGGCUUACCCGACUAUGGACUUUGCAGGAAGGCGCCCUCGCACGGUCUUUGCAUUUUCAGUUUGCUGAUCGUAGCAUCGACAUUGGACAGAUUGAAACUGCCCUGCGGCAGGACAAUUAUGCCGAGGAUUUCGGGGGCUCUCUGUUGGCGGCUCUGAUCAACUACCGCCAUGCGAAUUAUGGUGACAUGAAUAUCCCAGCUGCCGGUCUCAUCCAGUUUCUUCAUGCCUCGGGUCGCAAUCGCUCCAAGAGCUACGCCACCGACGAGGCGCUUUGCUUAGCCACCCUGGCUGGUCUACGCAUGGAAGAUAUCGCGCGUUUUGCAAGGGAAGAAGACAGGAUGUACCAUUUUUGGCAAUGUUUGAGACCAACUCCUUCGAUGAUGGCGUUCUGGACUGGUCCCAGAUUGAAGACCCCAGGGCGCAGGUGGGCUCCGGCAACACUUCGGGGCAAUCUGACCCUGAAACUAGACCAGCGGAAGGCUGCUGAAGAAGAACAGAACGAGGCCGGGCAUAUUUUCACAGAGCGGGGACUGAUGCUGCACGCGCCAGGGCUUUUGAUUGAGCAAGGCACAGAGCAAGAGGCAAGGAUUCUUGUCGCUACUUCCACCGGGAAUGUGGUGUUUCAUGUUUGCAGAACUAGUGAUGCACCCGAACCAUCGGUGCUGGUUUCCGGAACACGACAGACGAAGAUGGAAGUACCAGGCUCUGUGCGUCUUGCAUUGAUUCUGAAGCGAGGCAAGCGUGUUGGACCAGCUGAGUAUGACGAAGCUGCGAUUGACGACCAUGCCGUCCUAGUCAGAAUCGAAGAAGAAUCACCAUAUCAUGUCUUGUUUGCUGCACUGGUCUCGAACGUUUCGCUGGACAUUUCCGAAGUUGCCGCAUCGGGAGACCUUCAGACACUCAGAGCGCCCCAUACUGAUCCCAUUAGGACGACAAUUAUGUCACCGGCCACCGAUCAUGGCAACUUAUCAGUAUUUGUGGGAACGAUGCUGCCUGACAGCCAACAAUGGUGUUUGGGCUGA